AUGUCUGGUCCCCUCUACCUGCGGAUGGGUAGACACUGCCGUUCAUCCAUCCAACGAAGUGACAGGUACUCUUGUUUAGGGUUGGAAAAAUCUCUCAGCUUUCCAAGCGGGGCCAGGAGCCCUGAGGUGAGCAAAAGGGAGGAAGCUAGAAGCUUCUACGUGGGCUUAGCCUGCGCCAGGACCUCCUUGCUUGCUGAUCACCAUUCUCCCGGAGGGAAGGGCAGUCCUUGGGGAGGCUGGGCACUGCUCCUUUGGCUCUCGGUCUCACUGGGCAGCGCGUCAGACCAUCUGGCCAGUUGCCUUUUGGACUUUGGACUUGAUUUAAGGGAAGACUCCCAAGGGCAAAAAGCCCAAGUAAAAUAUAUCUCCUUGCCUGACAGCAAGCCCCAAAUAGCCCCAGCACAGCGGUGUGGUGGGUGA